AUGGCGACCAUGGAGAAGGUCUUUGCGGCAUACAACGCACGCAAAGCCGCCCUCGAAACGACCUUCGAAACCAACCGCUUCGCACGAGGCAUAGCCUGGGUGGAAGGAGAGCUGGUCCCCCUCUCCGAGGCCCGCAUCCCUCUGAUCGACCAGGGCUUCAUGCACAGCGACCUGACCUACGACGUCCCGUCGGUCUGGGACGGCCGGUUCUUCCGUCUGGACGACCACCUCACGCGCCUCGAGACCAGCUGCACCAAGAUGCGUCUUCGGUUCCCCAUUCCACGCGACGAGAUCCGUCGGGUCCUCGUACAGAUGGUCGCCAAGUCCGGGAUUCGCGACGCGUUUGUCGAACUCAUCGUCACGCGAGGUCUCAAGGCCGUGCGAGAGGCCAAGCAGGGCGAAGUUCUCCAGAACAACCUGUAUCUCUUUCUCCAGCCGUACGUGUGGGUCAUGGAGCCCGAGAUGCAGCUCACGGGUGGGACUGCGAUCGUGGCCCGAACGGUGCGUCGAGUCCCGCCCGGCGCGAUCGACCCGACCAUCAAGAACCUGCAGUGGGGCGAUCUCGUGCGAGGGAUCUUUGAGGCACGCGACCGUGGCGCAGAUUAUCCGUUCCUGACGGACGGUGACAGCCAUUUCACCGAAGGAUCAGGGUUCAACGUCCUCUUCGUCAAGAACGGGGUCAUCUAUACGCCGGACCGGGGAUGUUUGGAAGGCGUGACGCGGAAGAGUGUCAUUGACGCGGCGAGGAUGCUCGGGAUCGAAGUCCGUGUCGAGAUCGUUCCUGUCUCUCUGGCGUACGAGGCGGAUGAGGUGUUCAUGUCGACCACGGCCGGAGGGAUCAUGCCCAUCACGCGGCUUGACGGAGAAGCUAUCAAUGGAGGCGAGUUAGGCCCUGUAACCAGCAAGAUCUGGGAUAAGUAUUGGGCCAUGCAUUAUGACGACACGUAUAGUUUCAGGAUUGAUUAUGAAAAGGGGAUGCAGGCCGAGGCUGUGAAUGGAUUUGCGAACGGGCAUUGA